AUGGAAAUCCUCGAUCUACCUCAAGAACUCCUUAGUAACAUCCUCUCUUUCCUUGACCCCGAAGCCAUUGUCCGCUUUGGACGAACCUGUAAGACCGCGCUUGGCUUUAUCACUCCUCAAAAUCAAAUUCUCUGGAGAUCGGCCUUUCUCCAACUCUUUGACGAUCCUAAUGAUGCCUGGGUCUUGACACCGGGGUCUCCUCAAGCUUCAAAUCUGGAGGACUGGGAUUGGUAUCGAGAACUCCUGAGAAGACGACGGGCCUUACGAGCCAUCAAAUCAAAAUGGUGCGCCCUCAAUAUGCCUCUUCCUAAUGUUGAGGAUCACAUAGAUGCUCUCCUGAGCAUCGUCGAUACCGCAAAGUUUGCCCCAACCGCUCGCGAUAUGGCCAAUGGCAAACUCCCCACUGCGGAUGAUCGAAGUUCUUCACGCAAUCUUCUCAUUCUCUCCAACACGGACCGAUAUCGGGAUGGGAUUGAAAGCCUUAUUCAUGACUCUGGUACCAUUGUCCGCGAGAAGCAAGCUGGUCCAAUUACACGUUCGGUGACUGAAAGCGAAAGGGGGAGACGACGACCGGAAUCUGCCUCACGACUUCACGUUCUCUUUGGCCUUACCUUUCGUGAACGGAUCCAACACAGAGCUCGAGGUGCCGCCCGACGAAUAGUAUAUGAUUGGAGUCUGAGCGGUGCUGACAACGAUUAUGGUCCCUUCAAACGCGAUGGUAGUGGUUGUGUGGAUUGGACCCUACUUGAAGGUGUCUACAGCGUCGUAGGCGGCAAUUUUGCCAUGGUUGUUGAAGGCCACAUUUCAAUGCCGCAAGGCUUCUGCUUCUCCAUUCCCCAUCGAACUCUGGUCGAUCCAACCAACCCUGGAGACUGGGCUAGAGUCGUCGGUCCCUGGCUCGGGACAUACUCAUUCCUUGACUAUGCGGACCUUUUUACCUACAACACGUGGGACAGCCAACUUGGACCACGACCACCUUUGGAUGAUGCGCCUGAAGCGUGUGGAGAUUUAAUGAAACUAGACCUCAAACUCGAUGACGCCAUCUCAUCGGACCCACGCUUGAAGACUUCUCUCCCGGUAUCUCCUGCUCUGCCUACGCUCUAUUUCUCCGGUCUUUCUCGCGCCCACGCGGGGGUACACCGUCCUUCCAUAGAUGUCCGGGGGUGCGCAAGUCUUGUCCCAGGAGAAAGAGAAGUGAGAUGGCGAUUCAUUAUUUCCUAUAGUGGUCAAGACCAAUGGCAAUUGGAAGGCAUUCAACCGGGAGGUAUCAGAUCUGGAGGGGUCUUCGGAUUGUGGUCGCAAUGUGAUCACGAAGAAAACGGUCCAAUUGGACCAUUUUGCUAUUUUCCCAUGGAACUUUGCAAGCCAACUAGUGUUGUUUUGAUGGCAUAG